GGGAGCUUGAUCUCUUCACAGUUUGUCUUCACACCUGUCGUCGAUUUUGUGAAAGCUUGGACGUUUCGUUCGUCGUCUAGGCACCGAUCGGUGUAUUUCUGCGCUCGCUAGCACUGACACCCACGUCCUUUCCUUGCACUCUUUUCUCACUCCCCUCUCGAUGAUAGAUGAGCUUUCUGUUCCACUUGUUUAUCAUCACCAUGGUUUUCGCUUCUGUGUUUGAGCGCGUGUUCGGAAAGGCGCAAAAGACAAUCACCAAGCCUUUUGGUGUCCUCGACCUCCCACAUGAGCUUCUCAAGAUCAUAAUGAUCCAUGUCGAUGACUCUUCGAUCAUCGCAAUCAGAUCUACUUGCACCUUCCUCAGGGAGGAGAGUAAAGACCGCUUCCUCGCACUGUACUUCACCGACAUCGAAAUCAAGAUGUGCAAAAAGUCACUUCAAAAGCUCUUGUCCUUCUCCGACGAACCCCAUCUUGUUUCCCAAAUCAAGUCGUUGGUUUUUGCUAUUCCCGUACACUACUACUUCCCUCACCAUCUCGACUUGAUCACCGAAGCGCUCUCCGGCCUUUCCCAACACGGAAAAGCCAUCUGCUUUGGCGUUGCCUCAGAGCAGGACAACCACAUCGACCUCAAACUCCAUGUUGGUGACAUGAUGUAUCUGCUGAGACUGCUGCGCAGUCGCCUUGUUGAAGCCAGAGAAUUGAUGAACGUCCCAUCCUGGAAGAUCAUCAUCAGAACGCGCGACUUCAGAAACGAUUCCGGACAAUUUGUUUAUUGGUGCUUGAUCGAUCUCCGAAGGUUCAUCGGGUUGGAAGCCAGAAACAUCACCACGACUCAGGCUAUACUGGUAGAGAUACACGAUGGAUGUGGCCAACCCACCCGUGAAAUCAACAUCUCCAAGAAGACCAGUCGCACUAUGCAGGCAGUCUGCAUCAACCUCAACUGCGACGUUGUGAAGCCAGACAAGUCAAUCGAGGCACUCGACGAGCUUGAGUUGUUGACUCAUGGUGGUACAAGAGCCGCUUUGGACAGUCUCGCUCUCAAACAGUCCACUAUCAGAAAAUACAGCCUCCGCCAUGUAUUGAAUCGCACACGACUCGAACACCUGGGGCUUGAAGAUGUUCGCAUCAGAGACUUCAAUGGAAAGAACUACAUACCCGGGGAUUGGCUUGAAACUUUUGAGGAUCUCAUCAUCUAUGAUUUCUUUGACAGUCUUAAGUCGUGUCGUCUCACCAACCUUUUCAACGAUGAUGGAGAGGUCUUUGUUGAAGGUACCUGGGAGUUUACUGCUACACCCGGCAGUAUCACCGUCACCGAUGCCAUCAGAACACUCAUCUCUAAAGUCAAGUAUGCUCGCUCUCUGAGAGAGCUUGCUUCGGAAGCCCAUCAGCCAGCUUGAGCAAGCCACUUCAAGGACUCCAGACACUCAACGGACGAGCACUCACAACAUGAAGCAAUACGGGAUCAUUACAUGAUCUCAAAACUGGUGACUGAUUGGGAGAGGGUGGGGAAGCAAGAAGGGCGCUACUGGCAUACAAAUCAAGCAGGAGUGAUUAGAGAUACCACAGCAGGUGAUCAGCUUGACAUGGCUUGAGGAUCAGAAGAAGGAGACUGGUAUACACCGUGACACCAUCAAGCAGAAGUAACUAGAGUUCCAAUCAAUUGCCCG